AUGGAACAUAUCAAGCUAGGAGAUCUAUCUGCUCAUUUGAAUGGUCCAAUGCCGGAAUAUGAGGCACAACAAAUCUCGAUCCAAAUUCUGCGGGGUCUAGAUCACCUUCAUGCCAACCACUUCGUCCAUCGAGAUUUAAAGCCUGCAAAUGUUUUUGUAAUGUCGGCUGGUCCUCUUUGGUGGGUCAAGAUUGGAGAUUUCGGCUUCAGUAAACGUUACGACGAAAGCCUUGAUCUAAGGUCAAAGGUGGGGACACCGCUGUUUCAAGCGCCUGAAAUCAUCGGAAUCUUUCAAGCUGAACACGGAGUAGAUUCCAAAGCCCAGCCCCAUUAUACAAGUGCAGUCGAUAUAUGGGCACUGGGUAUCAUAACUUACUACAUCCUCUCUUCAACCUAUCUGUUCCCCAGCCUCGGCAGUUUGUGGUCAUAUACUAGGCAGAAGCCCCACUGCUUCCCACCCUCGCAUACUCAAGCAAUGUUCUAUAAUUUGAGCACCAAAACCCAAGGUUUCUUAGCAUCCCUGCUGGCAGUGGAUGCGUCUUCGAGAUCAUCCGCUGCAGAGGCGCUUGGAAGUGAUUGGCUUGAAUGUGUCUCAGAUCCAACCCCCCUAGGAACUAGUCCAGAGAGCCCACUCAGCUUGAACAAAGGCCCCACCGCAGAAUCAUAUGAGAGAAGGGACUCUGAAGGGGAUCAAAUUCAAGCUUCUACCGUGUCCCAAGAAGCGUCAAAGGGGUGGAAAGAUAUGGACAUUUCCUCUGCUAGUAUCUUCCAUGCCCAUACUUUCAAAAAAUCAAUAUAG